GGGUGAUGAUGAUAUUGAUUGGGGUGAUGGAGAUGGAGAUGGAGAUGGAAGUGGUGUUCCGGAAAACGAUGGUGUUGAUGAAGUGUCUAAUGGAUUGGGAGGGAUGGAUCUGGACCCGGAUCUUGAGCCCAGUUUGGAGGCUAUGAAAGGCUUCGUUCAGAGUAUGAGUGCGGAAGGAUCGCGGUAUCGCACGGUGGAUGAUGUCGAGGACGAACAGCAGAUGAGAAUUGAGGACAAGGAAGAAGACGACGGAAGCGACUCCCACGGCGCCUAUAGCGACACGAGCGAGGAAGAAGACAAGGAAGAAAAAGAAGUGUUUGAAGUGGAGGAAGAGAUGCUUAUUGCAGAAUCGGAGGGUGGAAAACCUCAUGAACCCUUACCCUUGGAUGAUUCUGACGAAGGGGAGGAUUCAUCAGACGAUGACGAGCUCACUCCGGGAGGUAACUUCAAGGCUAGACUCCGUCGAAUCCGCGAGAAAUCGCGCUCGACGAAGCCAGCAACAGCUGCGCCUGGGGGUAAUUCAGAGGAGGAUGAGGAGGAGGAUGCUUCUUUCCCCCGUUGGAAUCGAGGUGAUUCCGACGAUGAUUACAUGGCAGGAAUAGAGGAAUUGCUCGACAUGCACAGCGGUAUAGUUGGCGGUAAAGACCGCAAACUGCGCAAGAAACUGUUCGGUGCAAUCCACAAUGGUCAAUUUGACCACGUCGACGACUACGAGGAAUUGGACGGAUCCUUCAGCUUUCAGCCCGCGAAGCGCAAGAAAGACAAGAUGAAGGAGCUACCUGCCGAACUCCAAGAGACAUGGGGCAAAGAUCGAGUUAAGAAAGCUGAGCUCAAACGAGCUCGCGAACAGGCUCGUUUUACCGACGCCGUAGAUCCCAUUUCUCCAAAGAAAGGCGGGAAGAAGGGGCGCAAGGCGAUGCGGGCAGCUGCAAAGAUGGAUCCGAGCGAGCUCGCUGAAAUUCAGAAUGCCAUCGUCGAUAUGGUGUCACUGGAGAAGCAGAUUCGCCGCUUCAUCAGUGAUGAGGGCGAAAAGAACAACAUGUCAAGGAAUGUCAUGAAGAGACACGGAGGCAGAUUUGAUAAUGAUAAGAUGCCUCGACACAAAGAUGGAGAUGAAGUUGGCAAGGCUGCUCCAAAGAUCGGAGAAACGAAUGUUGGGUUCAGGAUGCUUGCUUCGAUGGGGUGGGCAGAAGGAGAUAGGAUUGGUGGCAAUGCGUCCAAUGGGAUUGAUGCGCCUUUAACAGCCAUCAUCACGAACACGAAGCUGGGUCUGGGCGCGACUCGAUAGUCACAUCUUCAGAGCGAAAUCUAAUACCUUCCAUGACCCCAUAUUGACCUGGGCCCUGAUGAAGCACAGCAAGUCCACCGUCCUCAUGGAUAGCGCAGUCUGAAGAAUGACAUCUAGCUACUGGACAUCAUGAUCAAGUAUAGACGUGCAUAUUUCGUUGUCUCGUCACCAAACUUCCUACCAUAUUCUGCUCAGUGUUGGCGUCAUCUCACUGCCUUUUCCUGCAUUCUUCUAUAGUUCACACGGCUGUAAUCGUGAAUUC